UAUGCCAGUAAGCGCUCCAUAGCAGCAGCGACGGACGCGUCGCGACUCACCCGCCGUAUCGAUCGCGUACAUUCAACAAAUUUCAGCGUAAAUCGCGAUAAUAUUGUUUUCGUCACUGGCAAUACGCGCGGUUUACACUUGAAAAUGAAAAGCGGCUAGUGAAAGUUGGUAAACAGUUUUUGGAACGCUACUCAUAGUUGAUGCUUUUUUUUUACAUUCCGCAUUAGAAGGCCGAAAUGAAGGAUAAGAAGCUGGGCGAUGGCGCCCACGAAGCAAUGCUCGGUGCCGGCAAGAAGCCAAAAAUCACGAAGACCAAAGAAACCCAAGAGGCGGAGAAGUCUGAAGAGUACGAGGCUCUGCAGAGCUUCCUGCGCAGCAUCAGCUCGACUGCCACUCUACCGCCGUAUGUUAAGGGAGAAACCUUCUCUUCGUAUCGAGGAGUCUUUAACCAGUGCCUCGUGACAUGCGCCGUUUUAGUGCUGGGCGGGGCGGGACAUCCCAUCGGCUUCUCCGCCGUCGCUCUCCCGCAGCUCAGAAACGAGACCUCCAACAUGAGGAUAGACGACGAUAUGGGAUCGUGGAUCGCGAGCAUCCACUCCGCCGCGACACCGCUCGGCUCAAUGGUCUCCGGUCCUAUCAUGGAGUUCAUCGGCCGAAAGCGUACACUUCAGAGCUGCACGCUUCCCCUCAUUAUAGGGUGGAUCAUAAUUGGCACGUCCGUACAUAACGGGAUGCUGCUGUUUGGCAGAGUACUCUGUGGCUUCGCUGUUGGAGUCAUGGCAGCACCUUCACAGGUUUACUUGGGCGAAAUAGCCGAACCGCGGCUACGAGGUCUUCUCAUUGGCGCUCCAUUCGUCGCGUACUCCCUUGGCGUGCUCUACGUAUACGCACUGGGCGGGGUGCUAUCAUGGCGGUCCGUCGCUCUGCUGUCGAUAGUGCUGCCGAGUUUAGCUGUGGUGGCGCUCUGCUUUUCACCCGAGAGUCCGACGUGGCUGGCCAGGCGGGGCCGGUUCCACGAUGCGAUGGCUGCGAUGUCUCGACUGCGCGGCGAUCCUGAUAUUGCGCAGCGCGAACUCCACGAGCUGAUAUCAGCCCGGGAGAAAGAAAAAGCGAGAGGAGAGCACAGCAUACGAUUCUUCGCGACGGUGACUCGCGCGCCGGUUCUGAAGCCCCUCCUGCUGAUCAACCUGUUCAACAUGCUGCAGAUCCUGUCCGGCAGCUAUGUGGUCAUAUUCUACGCUGUGGAUAUGGUCAGAGAUUCACGUGGGGCGAUGGAUCCUCAAGUGGUCGCUAACUCAAGCGCCCUGGUCCGCCUCUGCGUCACCGUGGUCGCGUGCGUGCUACUCAUGCACAUCACCCGCCGAGGGCUCGUCAUGAUCUCAGGAGUCGGCACCGCCGCCUGCACUCUCUCCCUCGCGUACAUCCUGUCCCAGGGAGACGGCGGCUACGCAGCACCCAUCCUCAUGCUAGCCUACGUAGGCUUCAAUACCUUAGGCUUCUUCCUCCUCCCUGGCCUAAUGAUAGGCGAACUCCUCCCUACCAAAGUACGCGGCCUCUGCGGCGGCUACAUUUUCUGUCUCUUCAACGCGGUCCUAUUCGGUUUCACCAAACUUUACCCCGUCAUGAAAGACAAAAUAGGCAUGACGGGUGUCUUCGGACUGUUCGGCGCGUCAUCGUCCCUCGCUACUGUUGCACUAUUCCUUUUACUACCAGAGACGAAGGGCAAGUCUCUGCUGCAAAUCGAACAGUAUUAUCAGAAGCCUAACUUAUUGUGGGUCACAAGGAAAAAAGCCACGAAUAACCAAGAGGUCUGAAUCGCAAUAGAAUAAUUGUAGUGUGAAAUGUACUUAAGUGAAACGUUGGACCACUGAAAAUGAAAAUAUGUAUAACUUAUUUAUACAAGCAUUUUAACUAGGUAGAUACUGGAAGCACGAUUUUUGACACACAUAUGUUUUAUGUAAUCAUAUGUAUCGAAGGCACUUGAUAUUUAUUUUGAUUCAUAUCAAUUGAACGUACGAGUGUAUUCAAAGAAAUCCUCAACAUCACUAAAACCUGAUCUCUGAAGUUGGUUUUAAAAUAUCACCACAAAAUAUGUGUAGUACAUACAAUAGUAGAUAGGCAGGUACUUAACUACUUCCUAAUAAUAUAUAAUCGUGCAUUUUAACGUGUGUAUUUUAUGAAACUGAAAUAUUUUGAUAACCAUAUUGUCAAACACUUGUUAGUUUUAUAUACAAAGUAAGGCAGCCAGUUGGUAUCAUAAAUAAUAUGACUCGCAAGAGAGAUACAUUGCCUUUUAUAUGUGUACAUAAAUAAAACGAAUAAUAAACUAUGCGCUGCUUUGUGAUAUAAUGUAGUUAAUUUUAUAGUAAGUCUCAAAUUUAUUUCAAACUAGUUAAUAUUUGGGUACGUAGAUACAACGGCAAAAAAAAUAGAAAUCAAAAAGUGGCAACAUCGUAGUGUCGUCCCGUUUUCUCAGGCUCCGCGCACACGGGCGUCAAAACUGUUUUGUCUCUGUCGCUCGGUCUAUGGGCUAGUAUGAAGGUG